AUGCCAUAUCAUGUAAACACUACAGACUACAUACGAGAAAAGCACAUGCCAUAUCAUGUAAACACUACAGACUACAUACGAGAAAAGCACAUGCCAUAUCAUGUAAACACUACAGACUACAUACGAGAAAAGCACAUGCCAUAUCAUGUAAACACUACAGACUACAUACGAGAAAAGCACAUGCCAUAUCAUGUAAACACUACAGACUACAUACGAGAAAAGCACAUGCCAUAUCAUGUAAACACUACAGACUACAUACGAGAAAAGCACAUGCCAUAUCAUGUAAACACUACAGACUACAUACCAGAAAAGCACAUGCCAUAUCAUGUAAACACUACAGACUACAUACCAGAGAAGCACAUGCCAUAUCAUGUAAACACUACAGACUACAUACGAGAAAAGCACAUGCCAUAUCAUGUAAACACUACAGACUACAUACGAGAAAAGCACAUGCCAUAUCAUGUAAACACUACAGACUACAUACGAGAAAAGCACAUGCCAUAUCAUGUAAACACUACAGACUACAUACGAGAAAAGCACAUGCCAUAUCAUGUAAACACUACAGACUACAUACGAGAAAAGCACAUGCCAUAUCAUGUAAACACUACAGACUACAUACGAGAAAAGCACAUGCCAUAUCAUGUAAACACUACAGACUACAUACGAGAAAAGCACAUGCCAUAUCAUGUAAACACUACAGACUACAUACCAGAAAAGCACAUGCCAUAUCAUGUAAACACUACAGACUACAUACCAGAGAAGCACAUGCCAUAUCAUGUAAACACUACAGACUACAUACGAGAAAAGCACAUGCCAUAUCAUGUAAACACUACAGACUACAUACGAGAAAAGCACAUGCCAUAUCAUGUAAACACUACAGACUACAUACGAGAAAAGCACAUGCCAUAUCAUGUAAACACUACAGACUACAUACCAGAAAAGCACAUGCCAUAUCAUGUAAACACUACAGACUACAUACCAGAAAAGCACAUGCCAUAUCAUGUAAACACUACAGACUACAUACCAGAGAAGCACAUGCCAUAUCAUGUAAACAGAUAA